CAUUCCUUAUCUUCCUGAAGACGAUACGCUUUUAACCAUUUUCUUCUAAACUAAAUAAUAAUAUCUCUACAAGUUAGAAAAACUGUGGUUUGAAAUUGCCUUUAAAUUGCCAGAAAUGGCUGUUACGAUGGGCUAUGUAUUUGUGCUUAUACUUCUGUGCAAUGUAUUGCAUGCCAAUUCUGAAAAACGCCUCGUUCUUGAGGAGAUGGAUAUAGAACAAGAAAUAAUCAAUCUGAAACAAUCAAUGGCACAGAAAGACGCACAAAUAUCCGCUUUACAAAAGCAGAUAGGUUCGACAUACACAAGAUGGGGUCGCACAACAUGUCCAGGCAACGGAACAGUACUGGUGUAUUCAGGGUUUAUGGCGGGGACCUACCAUGAUGACAGCCAGCAUAAAGGUUCGGGAGCAAACUACCUGUGUCUCUCUGACCAGCCAACAUGGGACCAUUAUUCAGAAACUGUAAAUAACGUGAUUCGAAUCACUGGCGUCCAAUACGAGUUCUGGAUGCAUACACAGCACGCUCAUGACCUCCAAGAAUUCUUUGGAUCUGAUGUCCACGACAGCGAAGCUCCCUGUGCAGUUUGUCGGGCCCCAAGAAGCACUAACGUCAUGAUCCCCGGCCGCACAGACUGUUAUCCCGGAUGGACCAAGGAGUACAACGGAUAUCUGGUCGGCGCUUACUCGGGGUAUGACGACGCCGCAGAAUAUGUAUGUCUGGACCGGCGACCCGAGACCGUUGUUCACAGUGGAGACAGCGACGAUGACAAUAUGCUGUAUUUCGUCGAAGCAUACUGUGGAAAAAGUCUAGAGUGCCCGCCAUAUGUUAACAACAGAGAACUGGCUUGUGUCGUUUGUUCUAUGUGAAGACAUGAUAAUAAGAAGUAAAUCUGUACAGAAACAUAAUUUUACCGUAUUUAUAUUGAAUUAUGUAACGAUUUAUUU